AUGUCUAGUCACAAACCGCGGCUGAUAGUACUUGUCAGACAUGGUGAAAGCGUGUCCAACAAGGACAAGAGCGUUAAUCAACAUAUUCCUAACCAUAUGAUUCCGCUGACAGAGACAGGCUGGAAACAAGCACGCAAGACAGGGGCUCAGAUACUGCAGUUACUCAAUGUUGACAACGAAGAACUGGUCGAGUCCAUUGCAUCGAAACAUGAAAUUGAAAACGAUGCAAGAGUACCGCUUAAACAAGACUACAAGCGGCUCAUCAAGACACUUGACUCCAAUGUCGUGUUUUAUACUUCGCCAUAUAGGCGCGCUCGAGAAACGGUGAGGGGUAUAUUGGACGUCUUCGACGAGUAUAAUGAGCUGAAUUGCGGUGUACCGGCCAAGGAGAAUGACCACUAUCAACCGAUGGGCAAGCAACGACUUGCACAUUGGCAUUGCCCCGAUCUCCCCUCGGAAACGCGGGAGGCGAAGAGGGCCACAUCGACCGACCCAAAUAAAGCCUCUUCGUCAAAAACGUACCUCCAUUACCGUAUCAAGGACGAACCACGGAUUCGUGAACAGGAUUUUGGCAAUUUCCAGGAAGUCUCCUACAUGCGCGAUGUGCUCAACGUGCGCUCGAGCUACGGUCAUUUUUUCUUCCGUUUCCCUCAGGGAGAAAGUGCUGCUGACGUUUACGACAGGUGUGCGAGUUUCCAAGAGACUCUAUUUCGUCAUUUCGAGCAAGAAAACCGCAAACCGCGAGAUGUAGUAGUGCUUGUAACUCACGGCAUCUAUUUGCGAGUAUUCCUCAUGAAAUGGUUCCGAUGGACAUAUGAGGAAUUUGAGUCCUUCACGAAUGUACCAAAUGGGUCCAUUGUCAUCAUGGAACUCGAUACCAACCUCAACAGAUAUGUACUGCGCACAGAGAUUCCAAAAUGGUGCUGA